AUGACAUCAUCUUCGGAAGUAACACCAGAGAACUUUGUUCGUGCUGUUCAAAUGCUUUAUCAUGAUCAAGAUGCCACAAGAAAAAAAAUAGCUUCAGAAUGGUUACUUAAUGUUCAAUCAUCGCUUUAUGCUUGGUCACUUGCUGAUCAAUUAAUACGAAUGAAUCAAAAUUCAGAAGUAACUUGUCUUUCGGCUCAAAUUCUUCGACAUAAAAUUCAACAUAAUUUUGAUGAACUACCGGUAGAACAUUGUAAAGCUUUAUGUGAUUCUUUACUUGAUCAUUUAUCUCGAAUAGAACUCACUCGUAAUACAACAGUGCGUGUUCAAUUAGCUGUUGCAACUGCUGAUUUAGCUCUUCAAUAUGUUGGUUGGGAAAAACCAGUUGAAGAUGUUGUUGAAAAAUUAAAAACAUCAAGUGAACAUAUGUUAACAUUACUUGAAUUUCUAACUGCAUUACCUGAAGAAGUCAAUACAUCAACAAUAAGAAUCGGAGAAAAUCGUCGUCAAUAUUGUCGAGAAAAAUAUUCAAAUUGUGGAAACCAAAUUCAUGAAAUUUUAAUAUUUCUUCUACAAGUUAAUUCUACACAUAAUGAAUUAUUAUUUAUUGGUAUUCUCAAAUGUUUUGCAUCAUGGGUUAAUAUUCGAGCAUUUGAUGAAAAUCUUAUACUUACAUCAUCAUUAUUAAAUAGUGUUUUAGAUAUUCUUAAAUCAACACAUUGUUCAAAUGAACUUCAUAAAAGUGCAUGCGAUUGUUUAUGUGACAUACUUGAAUUAUGUGAGGAUUAUCAAAAAUAUUGGCCAUUAGCAGUUUAUUUAAAACAACAAAUCACUCAAUAUUUCAUUCAACCUUAUUUUCAAGCAGUAAAAGAUGAAAAUCUUGAUAAAGCACAAAAUUAUACAAGAAUUUAUACAAAUUUAAUUGAAUCAAUUCUUGAGUGUCUUGUUGAUGGUCGUCAAUCAGAUUUAAGUGAUAUAUCAUGCCUUCAUUUAUUACUUUAUCCAUUAGAACAUAGUGAUUAUGAAGUUGUUCAAUCAACAUUUUAUACAUGGUAUCGUCUUUCAGAAUUAAUUGAAACAACUAAUGAACUUUUAAUUGAGAAAGUUAAACCAUAUAUGGAAAAAUUAGUUGAUACAUUAUGUACACAAUGUAAACUUGAUCCUGAUCAUUUGGGUAUUCCACCAGAAACAGAUGAAAAAAGUUCAAAAAGUAAUGGAACAUCAAAUAGUGAUUUAGCUGAAUUUCGUUAUCGUGUUCAAUGUCUUAUUGAAGAUACAAUUCAUAUAACAGGUGCUUUAAAUUGUUUUCAACGUAUGUUUGAUAAAUUACAAUCAUCAUCAUCUUUAUCAUGGGAAGAAAGUGAAGCCCCAUUGUAUAUAAUGAGUUGUGUUGCUUCGUAUUUACCACCUGAUGAAGAUAAAAUAAUUCCUAAUGUUAUACAAGCUAUUGUUUCAACACCAAUACAAUCAGGUCUUGUUCAUUCAGCACUUAAAUAUACAGGUGUUAAACUAAUUUCACAACUUGAAAAUUGGAUUGCAAUGAAUAAUCAACAAAUUUUAAAGUCUGUUAUUCAAUAUCUUCUUUCGUUACUUGUUGAUAAAGAAUUAUGUCAUACAUCAGCCGAUGCAAUAUUAACUAUUUCUCAGUCAUGUCGAAAACAGCUUCUUAAUGAUCUUGAACAAAUUAUACAAGCUACUCUUUGGUUAGAUCUUAUCGACAAUGGCACUUCAUCAAAAUUAAUUUCUCGUUUGACAUCAAUGAAUGAUAUUCAUCGUUAUUUAAAAUUACUUUUCGAUCAACAAAUUCAAUCAUUAACUCAGAUUCUUUCUACUCAAUCGGAUACAAAUUAUACUUCAAUAAUAAAACGACUUGAUUGUUUGACAGCAAUAUUCAGAAGUCUUGAUUUCAAAGCAACACAUGAAGAAACACAUCCAUGCAUAACUAUUGUUCAACAGUUAAUGCCUUUACUCAAUUUAAUUAUUGUUCGAUAUCGUUCAUCGGCAAAACUCAGUGAAUGUUGGUCACGUACAAUUCGUUUUAUAAUACGAUCAAUGCGUUCUCAUGCUAAAAUAUUUUUUCAACCAAUUGUCGAACUGGUUAUUUCAAGUUAUGAUGAUGUUCCUCAUUCAUGUUUUCUUUAUUUAAUAUCAAUUAUAAUUGAUGAAUAUGGACAUGAUCAAGAUUUAAAAUCAUCAAUUAUUGUCAUGAGUGAACAUUUAACAACGAAAACUUUUUCAAUUCUUAAUAAACCAGAUGGUUUUAAACAAAAUCCAGAUCUUGUUGAUGAUUUUUAUCGUUUAUCAUCAAGAUUACUUCAACGAUGUCCACUUGAAUAUUUGAAAUGCAGUGUAAUUCAACCAAUAAUUGAACAAAUAAUUCCCAAUUGUCACUUAGAACAUCGAGAUGCAAAUUCAAGUAUGAUGGCAUUUUUACAAACAUUAGUUAAACUUACGUCAAAUAAAAAUAAAGAAAUUAAAAAUAAAUCUGAAUUAUCUGAAAUUCGUUCAUUGUCAAUGUCAUUAUGUGAAACAUAUAUUCCUAAUAUAUUAACAGCAUUAAUUCGUGCUAUUGUUAUUUCUCGUGUUCCAUCAUCAAUUCGUUUAUCAAUAUCAGAAUUUGUUUGUGAAAUUAAAACUUAUAUGUCCGAUAAAUUUUUACAAUGGUUACAAAAAUCAUUAACAGAAAUACCACGGACAAGUAAAAAUGGUUUAGUUGAAAUUGUUACUUUAAAACAAUAUGAACAGUUUUAUAAAGCUCUAUGCGAAUGCGAUACUCAAUCAUCAAAAAUUGAUUAUGAAUUUGAAAUAUUUGCAAAAUUAUAUCGAUGA